ACACUUAAAGAGAGUUCUCGCUGGAUCAAUCCAUAAUAAGAAGAAAGAGGCAAUCUCAAUCUGUUUUACGCUCUCGCUCUCUCUUCAGCCUCUGCAAUUGGGAACCAAAUACUAGUUGUUGCAGAGAUCGACCGCCAUAUCAGAACCCUUGCGUUUCUUCGGCGAUCCGGAUCAGUGACUGAUGGAGGCCCCUCAAGGUGGUGGAUCCGAGAGGGAGAAAUCGAAUUCGUCCUCUUCUCCUACCUCAGUCGUCUCCAAUUUCUGGAAAGAUUUUGAUUUAGAAAAGGAAAAAGGUGUGCUGGAUGAACAAGGGCUUAGGAUAGCCGAAAAUCAGGAGAACAGCCAGAAAAACAGACGGAAGCUUGCAGAAAGCACUAGAGAUUUCAAGAAAGCUUCAUCAGAGGAAAAGUUAAGCUUGUUCAACUCUUUACUUAAGGGAUACCAAGAAGAAGUUGACAAUCUUACCAAGAGAGCAAAGUUUGGAGAAAAUGCUUUCCUUAACAUCUAUCAAAAACUGUAUGAGGCUCCAGAUCCUUAUCCAGCUCUUGCUUCAAUUGCUGAGCAAGAUCUAAAAUUGUCUGAACUAGAAUCUGAGAAUCGGAAAAUGAAAGUCGAGCUUGAGGAAUUUCGGACAGAAGCCACCCACUUAAAGAAUCAGCAGGCAACAAUACGAAGACUUGAAGAGCGCACACGCCAGUUAGAGCAACAGAUGGAAGAAAAGGUGAAAGAAGUUGUGGAGAUGAAGCAACGCAGUUUGGCAGAAGAGAACCAAAAAACGCUUGAAGUUUUAAAAGAAAGGGAGCAAUUGCUGCAGGAUCAAUUACGUCAAGCUCAAGAAAGUGUUUCAAAUAUGCAGAAAAUACACGAACUUGCACAAAGCCAGUUGUUUGAACUACGCGCGCAAUCUGAUGAAGAUAGGGCUGCAAAGCAGUCAGAGGUUAAUCUUCUGAUGGAUGAAGUAGAACGGGCCCAAACACGGCUUCUUAGUCUUGAGAGGGAGAAGGGACUUCUACGCUCUCAAUUGCAAACGGCAAAUGAAGACACUCGAAAUAAGACUAGUGAUACUUUAGAUUCAAAUAGCAUCCUUGAGAAUUCAUUAAGUGCGAAGGAGAAAAUAAUCUCUGAACUGAACCUGGAACUUCACAAUGUUGAAACAACCUUAUCGAAUGAGCGAGAAGAACAUGUUAAUGAGAUUAAGAGAUUGAAUGCACUACUGAAUGAAAAGGAAGUUGCUUUUGAAGAGAUGAAGAAAGAGCUUCAUGCAAGGCCAACAGAGAAAUUGGUUGAUGAUUUGCGUAAAAAAGUGAAAAUCUUGCAGGCAGUGGGUUAUAAUUCAAUAGAGGCUGAAGAUUGGGAAGUAGCUACCAGUGGGGAGGAGAUGAGCAAAAUGGAGUCUCUUCUUCUCGACAAGAACCGAAAAAUGGAACACGAACUCACACAACUGAAGGUCAAAAUUAAUGAGAAAACAUCUUUGCUGGAUACAGCUGAAGGAAAGAUAGCAGAACUGACAGCAAAGGUUAAUGAACAGCAAAAACUGAUACAGAAGUUGGAAGAUGACAUAUUGAAGGGCUAUAGUUCCAAAGAUAGAAAAGCCAAUCUAUUUAAUGACUGGGACCUUUCGGAAGCUGGGGGAUCUGAGAUAUCUGAGAAUAUGGAUCAAAAACAAGUUUUCGCCGAUCAAGAUCAGAGUCCAAUGCUUAAGGUGAUUUGUAAUCAGCGAGAUCGAUUUAGGGCACGCUUGAGAGAGACGGAAGAGGAAAUAAGACAACUGAAGGAGAAGAUUGGGUUGCUGUCAGUGGAGCUGGAAAAGACAAAAGCUGAUAAUGUCAAACUAUACGGAAAGAUUCGUUAUGUCCAGGAUUACAAUCAUGAAAAAGUAGUCUCUAGAGGAUCAAAGAAGCAAGCAGAGGAUCUUGAAAGUGGUUUUACCUCAGAUGUGGAAUCCAAGUACAAGAAGAUAUAUGAGGAUGACAUAAAUCCUUUUGCAGCAUUCUCAAAAAAGGAAAGAGAUCAAAGGUACAAAGAGUUGGGUUUCAGGGAUAGAAUCACACUUAGCAGUGGACGUUUUCUUCUUGGCAAUAAGUAUGCUCGAACUUUUGCAUUUUUCUACACCAUCGGGCUGCAUAUCCUGGUGUUCACUUGUCUCUACCGGAUGUCGGCUCUAAGCCAUCUGAGCAAUGGCCCUGAGGAAUAUCUUGUUGGGGAGAAAGCUUUGAACCUUCCACAUGCGCUUUAGUCCCUCCAAUACUCGUUUUCAUUGGAUUGAUUUUGCUAACGUCUGAACAGGACAAAGGAUAAUUGACAUUAUAAAAGGAGAUGUCCUAUACUAUGUAUGUACAGCAAAGGCAAAAAUGAUGUUAUUUUCUAGUUUUUUACCAAUUUGAUUGUGCAAUUAAUAUUUGUAAAUUCCUUUUUCCGUUU